AUGUUAUAUAAAGCCGAGCUGAGGAAGAAUUACAAGGCCUCGGAGCAAGCGGCAUUCGGUAUCGCGUUUCCAUCGAUGGUGACCACGAAUUAUACCGUCCGAAAAUUAGCACAAUCGUUAAAAGAUUUUGUUCAAGAAAGCACCAAUAAGAAGAGAAAAAAGUUUUCUAGCCAUCUCGCUAAGGCUAUCGAAUAUCGAACACUAGCGGCCAAAGAGUACGAAAGCCAUUAUGCUCGCUUAUGCACAGGCGACGAAAAACUUGCUUCACAGCUUCAAUGCCAAAUUAAGAAUCACGAAUAUUACCUCAAUCAGAUGCGUCUUGUUCUCUCUCUUGCCUCCAAUAAAAGAGCGGCUACCGUAACCGUUUCAUCUAAUCAACAAGACCAAGAAUUCCAACUAGAUGAAGGGGAAAAUGCGGCCGUCCCCACGGAGUUUACCGCAUCAAAUGAGGAAGCAGAGUCUGUUACCAAACUACCACCAGGACCAGUAAAGCAAAAGAAAGAAAAGUCCUUUGAUGAAGAGGAAUUUGCGAUGUUUUGCACCGGACUUUCCAUUGCCAUACACGACAUAAUUAGUAUAUGGGAGAGGGCUGUCAAGGGGUCAAUCAGAUGUUCGGUUGCAGCCGCAAUCACGUCGUGUUUAUACAGAAUCAUCAAAUCCGAUCUCUAUGCGGCCCAACAAAUCUACCCGCAUUGGUUUGAUAACGCGUUUCUUCAGGCCAGGGAAUACCAUUUAAUACAAGACCUGAAACUGAAGGUGAUGCGCAAAUAUCUUUGCGUCGAGAGCGGGGGGGCAGGAGAUGAUGCUGACUCUAUUAAGAGGAUUAUUACCGAGGCCUUACAGGUUCCUAGCAUUGGACCUAUAUACCUCUCUGAUAUGAUCAAAACAAUCCUAAUGAAAGAAAUGAAAGUAACAGUUCCCGACUUUCACGUUUUUGAAUUCAGCAUUGGGGUACAUAUUUCGAUCCACGCCAAAUCCACCCCCGAAAGAAGCGACCAAAUAGAGAAGAUCCGCUCAGCCACAGGCGAGGAAUUAUUACAUCUUCAGGCUGUACUUAGACGUCAUAAGGUUCUCAAAUUCGACAAAGAUUCCGGAGAGGAGAGAUUUCUUGGAAAGGUCAAAGAGCUUGUGUCAAGAAUACAAAAUAUGACACAGCCAUCGAUUAUCUGCAGCAUUGCUCUAUGGAUUGAGUAUCACCUUUCUGAAGUUUAUCAAGCGCUUUUAGCGUACCCUUUGAUUCCAACCAUGAUUCAUGUUUACAUCUACUUACGCUUGAAAGCUUCGGUAAACAAAUUGGAGAACCUUGAGACCUUUUGCGAGCAAUAUGGUGCCACUUUGUUCUGGAAUGGUCGACCUAGUACCUUGGAGGGAUGGGAAACCGCCGUAAAACAGUGGGUGAUUACUGCGAAUAAUAAUUCUCCCAAGAUCGCCGAAAGCCGACAUAAAGCGUUUGCUUCGCUGAUCACAACCUUGGUGAAAAACGAGUACGCAUUAAAUACCGAUGUCAUUUCACAGCUAGAAGAGGGAUCAGGUAACGCUUCAGAAACGCUAGAAGCGCUGAAGUUAAAGUUACAGUCGGAAGAAAUAACUGACACAGUUCUCUUGAGUGACGCAAUCCUUGCCGUGGUACGCGCGUUCGCAAAACAAGAAAUGAUGGGAGCGAAUGCAGCGAUAUAUAUAUACAGCAUAAGACAACUAGAUUCCGCUCCAGCCUUCAUCGAGCAGAUUCAUUCCAAAUGGGAAGCUUAUCUUAAUGGUAGGCCAGCCUGGAAGAAAGAAUUUUAUAGGAAAUCCUUCCGGUCCAAGAUAACGGUCGAUGGGAAAGGUCCGAACGAUAAGUAGACGAGAUGACGGACUUUCUUUAGACAGAAAAGCCGAGCAAGGCACAGACGCCACUUCUCAAGCAAGAUGUUUCGUUUUUUAGUCUCUUUCUAGCCAUGGAUUUGAAUAGAAGUCCUAUCGCUUUACUCCA